AUGAACUUGGAUAAUUUGUGUGUUACCCCAAACUUAUUCUUAACUAUCAUCGUUAGGGGCGAAACGUCUUAUAAUAUACCAAGUCUACAAUCCGACUCUGGAAAUGAUUAUGCAUAUUAUGGACUCCGGACAAGGAUAAUUCUUCUUCAACUUUCGGAAGAUUAUGAAGUGGCUUCUUCUGUUAGUAAUGUUGGUCAAGAACUUCCGGAAUCGGAUACUUCACAAACCUUUAAGGCUCCUAGAAGAGAGAAGCGGAAAAUAUCUGUGCCAGGUUCGACAGCAUCCAGUGUUCUGGUUAGCGAUCUAACGCCAGAUAAUUUCUAUAGAAUUACUGCUUAUCCAAUGACCCGAUCUGGCUUAGCAGGAGAGCAGACAUUUGUGCAGUCCUCACCUCGAGUGCCAUCUAGAAAACCAACAGCUCCACCAGGACAGGUUGCUGUCUCAGAAGAAAAGGUCGGUGCUGAGGUUGCCACUAUUACUUGGGUUCCGCCUCCUCUUAACCAACGGAAUGGUGAAAUAAUAGCGUACCAUCUUUACAUAAACUCAGAAGAGCUUCUUCAGCCAAUACAUAGACAAUUGGUCGGAAAGUCACAGCAAAGUAUAGCCGGUAAACGGUUAUAA